AUGACCAGUACUUCGUCUGAAAUCGAGAUAGCCGCCCAACACCUUGCCAAGGCGAAACGAAUCGUCAUCCUGACAGGCGCGGGCAUCUCCACCGCCGCCGGAAUCCCCGACUUCCGCUCCCCCACCAGUGGUCUCUACGAGAAACUGGCACCCCUCAAGCUGCCCUUUCCCGAGGCGAUUUUCCAUAUCAGCUAUUUCACCCAUACUCCGGAGCCAUUCUACGCCAUCGCAAAAGCUCGCCAUCCCCGCUGCCUCAAACCGACCAGAUCCCACGCAUUCCUCGGUCUGCUCGCGAAGAAAGGCCUGCUCCAUUUCCUGUUUACCCAGAACACCGACGGUCUCGAAGAAGAUGCCUUCGUCCCCGCAGACAAGAUGCUUGCGGUGCAUGGGAACUGGAAGACGCAGCGUUGUCACAAAUGCAACACGCCGUACCCGGACGAGCUGAUGAAGAAGGCCAUCGCCAAGAGAGAAGUACCGUACUGUCUUGAGGCGAGGUGCAAGGGAGCGGUGAAGCCGGAUGUGGUCUUCUUCGGCCAGUCGCUUCCCGCUGCAUUUGAUGAAAAAGAGAAAUUGGUAGCCGAGGCGGAUCUGGUGAUUGUUAUGGGCACAAGCUUGAAGGUUGCCCCGUGCUCGCGGCUACCGCGUUUGGCGAGGGAGGGAGUUCCACGGAUCCUCAUCAACAUGGAGAGUGCGGGGGACUUUGGUACACGACCAGAGGAUGUUCAAAUCCUUGGAUCGUGUGAUGAUGGGUUGGAAAAGUUAGCCGAUCUGCUAGGCUGGUCGGAUGAACUGGACAGUCUCUGGGCUGCGGCUGCGGCUGCGAAAGAAGAGCCGACCGAUGACGAGGAAGAGAUCAGCCUAGACGAGUGUAUUGAUCGAUUGGUCCAGAAGAACCAAGGAAAACAGGUGUCCGACGGACAUAAGCGCAUGCUAGAAACACACUUGCAGUCAAAAUUUGCCCAUUUGCUUCGGUCGAGUUAG